AUAGCUCUCGGUUUUCCUUCGAUGUGGGACGGAAAGUGGUUUCUGUACGGGUGUUUGCCGUGUCAUCAGUAAUUUUGCGUUUUUGGAUCGUAGUUUAUCAAUCGACUGAAAAGUCUAAUCCGCAACGAUUUGCUGCUAUCCGGUCCGUAGUGUCGGAACAGCCUCACCCUCUUUAGACUCACCAUCGGAAAAAACUCAAAAGCGGUGGAGGUGGUGAACAAUCGGGUGGCAAUCGUACUGACAGUUCGUUGAACAAGUUUGACAUUUCGAAUCGAAGCACCAUCGAAGAACGCGUGUGCGUACGUGUGUGCGUGUGUGACUAUCGGUUGGACAUUCGAAAAAAGUUUUCUUGCGCGAAAUCCGGUGUACCGCGAGUAGUGAGUACUUUUUCGGUGAAACAAAUCGGUAAUAUUAUCCAGCAAGUCGAGCACUAGCUGUUGAUUACGACUGAAUUGCCUGAAAAAAUACAGAAAACGAAUCGUGAAUUGUGAAAAGAUUCUUAAUAGUGUAGCUACGACAAUAGCAGGAAUAGUUUUUCAUUCAAUCUAAGGUGGACAUUAUUUUAGGUUGAAUGAUAUUGACGAAAAAGAAUUUGGAUAUACUCUAAAAUUUCAUAUAACGAUCCAAUGCGUGAACAUUAGAAACUCAAUCGUGACACGACGGCAAACUCCUGUGAACCAUUUUACAUCCCCGUUGGAAGGGUUGAUUGAAAGAAAAAACCCCAUCAAACUUGCUGAAGGAUAUCAGUGCUCAAAGGAAAAAGAAAAACAAAAAGUUAUUGUUAUUGAACAAAUGAAAAAAAGGUGUUGUCUGUGAACCCCAGUUGCAAACAAAUAAAAACGUGAAAAUAGAGAAACAAAAAAAUCAGUGUAACAGCAAUCACAGUAAACUCUGUGUUUUUGAGUGUGUUUACACCAGAAGUUUUCAGUGCAAAAAGAGAAAAGAAACAGAACCCCACCCCUUAUCCAUCCAGGAUAAAUCAGGAAGAAAUCAUUUUCCUAUCAGAUAGCUUGCGGUGUUCGUGCGGAGCAGGUGCAAAAUUUGUGGAUGCGAAGGAAGCAUCCCCGGUGAAAAUCGCUAGUGGACGAGUUGAAGUUAUUUUAUUUUUCGGUUUGAGUUUUAACAAUUCAGCGGAAAUUGGUUGCUCGUACGGCGGAUAUUUCCGUGCUCGUGCCUCCGUGAUCGUGUGACAUCCGCACUAGUUCCUGGUCCGGCAAAAUAGGCUCGCCGUUGACUAUACUGGGCUAGAGCAACAAAUCCGAAGUGAUCCCACCGUCGUUGCCCGUUUGUUGCUCGCCGUCGCUGCCUGGAAUACAAACACUAGAACAGUAGGAAAGAAUAUCCGACGCCAAUUUGGUUUUUUUUCUCUGUUGUUGUUGCUUCCUCUCCGACGGUUGGAAGGCAACCCGUCCAUCCGUCCACAGGGUCGAAUUGCACACCAGCUAGAAGUGCUUCGGAGUUCGGAGACCACAGAAUGGAGCGUGAGUCGAAUCCAAUGCAGCCGAUGUGUAGAUCAGGUUGUGGAUUCUACGGCAAUCCCGCGCAAGACGGUUUAUGUUCAGUAUGUUACAAGGAUUCUCUGAGAAAAAAGCAGCAACCGCCAGUCAGUAGCACAUCAGUAUCUUCCAAUGCACCACCGCCCCCGUCGGCCGCUUCACCCGCAUCUUCCACCAACAUUGGCACCGUGGUCACGUCGCAGAGCUUCGUCAGUACAGCCGCAGCCGCCGCAGCAUCAGUGUCCGCAAUCCCAUCCGCCACCUCAAUCUCAUCGAUCACAGUAACAAACACCGCACAGCCCACAGUCCACAGUGCGCUAUUUAGUUCCGAGAGUAAGGAUAAAAUCGAUGAUGACAGUGGAGCGAGCUCUAGUAAUAACUCCGAUGCCAGCGACGACAAAGACGGUGAUAAAGACGGCAAGAAGAAAAAGAACCGAUGUGUGACUUGCCGCAAAAAAGUAGGACUGACUGGCUUCGAGUGCCGAUGUGGAGGUCUCUUCUGCGCGAUACAUCGAUACAGUGAUAAGCACGACUGCUCGUUCGACUAUCGGGAGCUUGGCGCGGCGGAAAUUAGACGUAACAAUCCGGUCGUGGUCGGAGAAAAAAUUCAGAAAAUUUGAACACUCGUGCCAUAUAAUGUCUGUCUAAUAUACAUCUAAUUCAAUUUAAUCUUAAUGAGAUAUAAAUAAUAAUAUUAAAAGAAAUGAAUGAAAUGGAUGGUAAACACAACUAAAAGAAAAAAAACAACAGCAAAACAAGCAGAACCCUUAUACAUAUUACUACAAUAAUGAAAAGAAAAAGUUAAAAAACCCCCAUCAAACAAACAAUUAAAGCUAGUAAUUAUAUUUCAUAGAUUUAAUGUAAUUGAAAGUGCUGUUGAAAGUGGUACAUUUCAUUUCCUUUCAGCGCAUUAAAUCCACAUCCUAGAAGAAGAAGAAGGAACACACAAUCGGAUCAAUACACACGUCGCCGCCGCAAAGGCUUACGUGCUGCGCACCACCAUCUAAAAGUCACGGCGAAGUGUGUGCGUGCCCCUUUUCGGGUGUAUGUGUGUAUUUCCCAUUUUGGAAUGUGUAUAAGGAAACUAUUUACUGCAAUGUACUAUUUUACGCAAUUUCAAUUUUCUUUUUUGUAUAGUCUCCUCCCGUUUUUCUCCUUAGUCUUUCCUGAACCCGCUUCCCCGUGUAAAAAGUUCCCCGCUUUCCCGGCUUCCCUUGCAUCCCGCGCCUGUUUCUGCAAUUUAAACAACAGCAACAAAAACAACAGAUUAGAAUAAGCAUACAGAACGCUAUUACCUACUACUAUUACUACUAUCUAGGAGUAAAACCAGAAAGAUAGCUUGAUGAAGGAAACAACAGAAAGAAGGCAAAAUCACGCGUUUCAGAAGGGAGUAUGUACUACUAUUUGGCUCUCGCGUGUGCCGUCUGCUGCGCACCGAGCUGUCGAUGCAGAAAUAGGGCAAAACAAACAAAUAUGUGUGUGAAUGGUAUGUACUAGUACUAAUAGGUAGAAAUCGCGAGAAGAAAAAAAAAUACAAGAGAAAGAAAAAAGCAAAGUUAAUCCAGUCAAAGCAAAAAGAGAAAACAGCAAAGUGGCGAGAACCGUUUCUGCGGAAACCAACUACGAAAAGUAACUAAUUUCUGUUUCUGGAUCUAGGAAACAAUCACAGGAAAAGUAUAUUUUAGUAACAAAAUGAAAAUAAUGCAAAAAAAAACAAACAAAAAAAUACGAAUAAACGAACAAAAACGCAGAAAACCACUGGCAGUGAGUUUAUAGUAGGCGGUGGAACGAAAGUUCCACCACGUGUGUAUAAAGAAGAACAGAAAUGAUAUUUUUUUCAUUUACCCUAGGUUCAUUUUAUAAGGAAACUACUACUACCAACACGGAAAGGAGUUUUAUGAACUUUAAAGCAAAAACUUAUAUACGACGCUACUGUGUAAUCGCAGGCAUGUUUCAAAAUGUGUUUUUUUAGAGGAUCGUAGGUCAACUUUCUGAAAACUCUGUCGUCUGUCUAUCCAAACCAAACUCUCGUGUACACUCGAUGCAAUCACAUUAUUCCCUAGUUCCCGACCACCACUGCGGUUUCGAUGAUUGGGAAGUUUUGUGCUUUUUCUGGUUUUAAGUUUUGAGGAGGAUAGCCCAGCAACCCCGGCAUACGGUGGUUAUGGCGCUAUAUUUCGAUUAAACAAAAGAGAACAAUCAAACAUGUUUCCACACACACAAUCAGCGUCCCUUUCGGGAAGAUGAGCAGAGAGGGUAGGUGGGCAGUUGAGCAUCAGGUUUUUGCGUUUGUUUCUUAAUUUGUUUUGUUAGUUUAGGCCUAAACAAAAGAAUAAUCUCAUUGAUUGGCGGACGCAGGCGAGUAUGACGACAUCCGGAAGCCGCCAAAUGGUAGAAAGGUGGAUAAAGUUCUAGUCCGAUCAGUUUAUAAACCACAUCCACUUGGCUGGCAUCCCGUGGUUUUGUUUUUUCAAGCUGACAGCGGAAGAUUCGUGUUUAGAUUGGAGAAACAACUGUGCAAUCAGUGUAACUAUUUGUCGAUCAGUCUUUGUUUUCGGUAAAAUUUGAGGAAAGUCAUCAAAAAAGGUCCUGUUUUAGCCCAACUGAUUGGUUGGUUUGAUUGGCCCCAAAAAUCCAUGACUCUUCCAAAUGUACAGCGAGAAGUGAAAGUUGGAAAAAAAUACAUGAAAUAAUGAGAUUCUAGUGCAAUUUUGUAAGGUGUUUACCUCACACAUUUUAUUGUUAUUUACUUGAAACUUUUGUUUAAUUUUUUAAUGUUUUUUUUGUCGCAAAUCUGCUGCCGGAACUGCCCACUGCCGCCACUGUUGUCCACACAAUCAACUUUGUUGGGUAAUUCUUGCAUCUUUAGAUUAGUUUUGAAACGUUACUGCUAAAUAAAAUCACCUACCGAGAUUUGAGAAGCUGAGAUCGUUGAUCCAACUUAAGUGUGUACACACCUAAUUUUGGCUUAGAAAUUGUUAGAUCUUUUGACGAGUUUUCAACAGCCGAAUACGCCAAUUGUACUGAUAAGCGGCAUGAGCAGCCCCGCACGUGACAAUAUUAUUGUCAGUUCAGAGUAUUGUCAAUACCGUCAAUCCAAUUGGCUUGGUAACUUGUAUCCGCAUUUUUCGCAAAAAAACAACCAAGCGUUUGCAGUUUUGUACUCCUUGUAUUGACAAUCAUAUUGUCUUGUGUUAGAGUCGCUAUAGAUCAGUGAGAAGAAAUAGUAACAAAACAACAUCUUUCGCUGAUGAUUUGGUUGAAAUUAGCUGCCGAGAUUGUGACAGCUGAGAUCGGUAAUUCAAUUAAAGUGUACACAUUAAACUUCUUUUGGUAAUUUGUUUUAUCUUACGACAAAUUUUGAACAGCCACACUAUCGAAUAUUUUCAUUCUACUGCUACUGCGUGGAAUGAGAUGUUGUUAGGCCCGGCCUAGCAAAGAUUUUGUUUUUCAACAUAAUCUUCAUCUAGAGUGAUACAUUCGACCCAUUGGUUCUUCAACAUUUUGAUGUCCUUUGAAAAAAAAACGUUUUGUCAAGGCCUACAAAAUAGGUUUCCGUUUCUGCAAUGACCUCAUAAUUUGACCAAAAUUUCUUUCCCUGGAGAAACCUUUUCAGAUUUUGAAAUAGAUAAUAGUCGCUGGCGGCCAGGUCUGGAGAAUACGGUGGACACGUACUAUAGCAGCACUUCUGAAGUUUAAAUUGGAUUUUCGAUUUCAAUUGCUCAUUUCAUGACAGCGGAGCCUUGAGAAACGGCUGUCAACAAAUGCUUACUUUUGCUUUGUCCACGUUCGGCUGUUCGAACCCCAUCAAAAUAUGCAAGGAUUACCGAACCAUGUGAAGUGUGUAAGCUUCAUGCGAGUUACCAUCAAUCGAACAUACAUGAAACGCAUCUCCUCGUUUGUUUGAUCUUCGUUCCAAGGUUUCUUUUCUGUCGAUUCAACUGAAUACCGUAGAUUGGGUUCUCUUUGUACAGAUAAUCAAAAUUUCAAGCAGAUCGUGGGAAAGAAAACAGAGAGAGGUAGCAUAAAUCUUUUCAGCAGUCAUCACUGACCCCGGGAUUAGGGUUGUAGUAAUACAAAAAAAACAUUAGCCGACCCAGAACUAAAAUUUAAUCGUUACAUCUUUAGAGAGAAAGAGGAAGAGAGCUACGCGUGUGCUGAUUUGUUUUUAAUAAAAAAAAAACCUGUUUUACUAUGUC